CAUCUUUGCGCUACAACUACAGACAUUACAAUGGACUAUUCAGUUGUCUCCUCGGAAGCUGAUGCUCUCCAUGGUGCGUCUCCUUGGGGCUCGUCAUCCCCUCGCGCAGACAGAGCCUUUCCCAACGCUGCAGCUUCUCCCGAAUCGCCUGCUCCCUUCCGAGGCCAUUCCCACAAUCAAUCGCAAGAUAGCAUUCCAGACUCUCCUUACCUACCCGCCGGUGUGGCUGCUACGACUACGGCAGAAUCCCCAGAUCCACAGCCCACGCCAGGAUCACCGGAUAGAGCGCAGUCUGUUUCACAGGAUGGUCAGGCGCCAGCAUCAGGUCAACAACCGGCUGGUCAAGCUCAACCGCGGCCUCAGGCGGCCAGAUAUCACGGCACAAAGCCACAAAGACCUGUACCUCAGUAUAGACUGCAAGCAAAAGUGACAGCUCUUGAAAGGACAGGCCGCAAAGACCCAGUCAUCCGAUUUGACGUCUAUACCAAUUUACCCAGAUUCCGAACCACCCAAUUCCGUGAUGUCCGCCGAACACACUCAGAGUUCGUCAAGCUGGCCGACCAUCUAAUAUCUGCCAACCCCGAAGCCCUUGUGCCCGCUGUCCCUCCCAGCAUAACUUCGGCGGGCGCAGGAACCGAUGAAGAUGAAGUUCGAGUCAAGAAUUCUAUACAGAGAUGGUUGAACUGUGUCUGCAGUAACGACGUGCUGAUGCGUGAUGAAGAGAUGGUGUUCUUUGUCGAAAGUGACUUUGGAUACUCGCCUGUCGUGAGGAUGAAGCAGCCCGCCACAGGCGUGCGUCGGAAGGUCUUGAAGCAGUUUGCGCCCCCGCCAGAUGAUACACCUGAACUCCAUGAAGCCAGGCCGGUGGUUAAGAUGUUCUAUCUCGGGUCGCUCGAUACAAGCCAGAAGCUCGAGAAGGUCGUGAAAUCAAGGAGAUCUCUCGGUCUUGCAGAAUCGUCCUUGGGCGAGAAGCUCGGCCAGAUGCAUGUCCAAGAGACCCACGCAGGUCUGUCAACGGCAUACCGCAAACUUGGCCGUAUCAUCCAAACUUGCGGCGACUACCACGCAGCACAAGGGACCGCAGAAGCCACCACGCUCGGCGACUCGCUAGCCUAUCAUUCCUCAGACGCCUUCAUUGUUAAGGAAACCCUGACGAAUCGGCACAUCCUUCUGCGCGAGCUCGUGCAGGCCGAAGCGUCCCGGCGCAGCAAAGAGAAUGCCGUCCAACGCCUCAAGAGUAGCUCGAACGUUCGCAGGGACAAAGUCGACGAAGCCAUCUCCUCGCUCGACGAGGCCAUGAGCCAGGAGAACUACCUGCGUUCCAAAUCCCAGCGCGUCACGGCGAACCUGUUGAUGGAGAAGCGACGCUGGUUCGACCGCACGAGCAACGAAUUCAUGUUCAGCCUCAGAGAGUAUGUGCUGCGCCAGAUCGAAGCGGAGCGCCGUACCCUCGCGACCCUGGAGAGCGUCAGGCCGGACGUCCGCGCGAUCGACGCAAGUGGCGGGCUGAGCAGGCUUGGACGAGAGAGUCACCCCGUUGUCAGAAGGGUCAGUAUGGCCAGCAGCCAGGGCGCCAAGGGCGAUGCCUGGAGCGGCGUGCCGCGCAGCAGGGACGCCAUGACUAGGAGUCUGAGUGGCAGUUUCGGCCCGGGCAGCAUUCCCGAGAUCGAUGAGAAUGGCACCGAUGGACAGGGUCAGGCUGGUGGUGCCGCCGCGGCUGGUAGGCCUAGGAGUGCUACAGGCGCCAGUCUGAAGGAGGACGAGGAUGAUGAUCGUGUCGAUGCGAGAAAUGCGGCGAGUCGGUUGGCGCAGAGCACGUUCUGAAUCUACUUCGACUUCCCUUCAUAUUGUUCAUACCUAGGUAGGCUUAGCCAUGAAAUAUCUCACGAACGAACGAACGAACGGGUCAGCGAGCAGAGAACCAUAUGAUAUGAUAAAACCACUUAGUAUUAGGGGGGAGUAUUUACUUUUUGUCUGUCUUUC